GGCGCGUCCCGCCCGCCCCUGAGCGGGCCGUUGGUCGGCGGCGGGGCGGGCGGUGAUGCGGCUGCAGUGCGAGGUGGAGGUGGUCAGCCGGCUCCUGCCCACCUGCGGGCUGCGGGGUCGGGGCCGCGGCACCAGGGCGCUCCUCUCGCUCGGCCGCCCGCCCGGACGGGCGCAGGGCGGCGGCGUUUACCUCAUGGUGUGCACGGCGCGGGACCGAGUCGGUGCUCGCUACAAGGUGCAGGAGAACAUCGAGCGGUUCUUCACCCGGUUUGUGGAGGAGGGCAAGGCCACCGUGCGCCUCCGGGAGCCCGCCGUGGACGUCUGCCUCAGCAAGGCAAAUGCCAGCAAUUUAAAGAAUUUCCUUUCAGCUGUGAGACUGGCUCACCAAGGGACCAACACAGAAGCUCUCCCUCUAUCAACUUUGGUACCAGCAAAAAACUCGGAAGUUGAAAAACCUAAGACAAAAAUGAUCAUAACUUCAAGAAGAGAGUACCCUCUCACCAAAAACUUCCCUUAUUCCCUCGAACACUUCCAAGCCUCGUACUGCAAACUGGCUCGUAUCGACAUGCGUGUGCUCUGCUUGAAGAAACUCCGAAAACUAGACCUAAGUCAUAAUCACAUUAAGCAGCUGCCAGCUACUAUUGGUGACCUGACCUGUCUUCAGGAGCUUAUUUUGCACGACAAUCACCUGGAGUCCUUCAGUGGGGCUCUGUGCAACUCCACCCUUCAGAAAUCUCUUCAGUUCUUGGACCUGAGCCAAAACAAAAUCAAAGCACUUCCAAUUCAGUUCUGCCAGCUGCGAGAACUCGUGAAUUUGAAGCUGGAUGACAAUGAGUUGAUUAGGCUGCCGUUCAAGAUUGGCCAGUUAGAUCAUCUACGCUUUCUGGCAGCAGCUCGAAACAAACUUCCUUUCCUGCCCAGUGAUUUUAGGAAACUCUGUCUUGAGAGCCUGGAUCUCUUUGGAAAUCCUUUUGAACAGCCCAGUCCACUUGUUCCCAACAUACAAUUGCAAAUACCAUUGACUUUAUUAGAAUUUGCUGCAAGAGCAACCAUAAAUUACAGAAUCCCUUAUGGUUGUCAUCUCCUUCCUUCUCACCUUUGUGAAGAUCUGGAAGUGGCUAAAACAUGCCAGUGUGGAAGUGCCUGUCUGAGCAGCUUCAUUCAGAUCACGGUGACCAUGAAUCUCCACCAUGUAGCUCACACCGUGGUCCUUGUGGAUAACAUGGGAGGUACAGAAGCACCCAUCAUCUGCUACUUCUGUUCUCUAAACUGCUAUUCCCAGUUCCUGGAUAGGUACCUCCAGAGUAAUGGGUGACCAUUAUUGGGCACAAAAGCUCUGCCUGGCAUUCUGUCCAGUGACAGAGGAGCCUGAAACUGUUACCUGCUUCUUACCCACACGUGCUGUCAUAGGAUGUUUUCUGCCAACAGCAGAUGUCAGCACUGCAGUGAGGGGGCCCUGUCAGUCUGGGCUGGUGACCCCACUGUUCCUCUGCUCCUAGAAUCUCCUUUUGGUUGGAAUAAAAAGUGAUGCUUAGCCAGAAUGAAUCUUCCUUAGAAUGUAUUUUGCUUUGUUUGUUUGUUUGUUUCCUAUUACUGUGACUUUGUUUGGAGUAUCAUGACAGUUUUCUUUGUUUUGUGGAUUAAGUGGUUUCGUGUUGCUAGAAGGAAGGUGAGAUUGUAUCAGAUUGCUUUGCUUACAUUCGAAGCUCUGAAUUCUGCUGACAGAAGACGACUUUAUCACUGAACUGUACCUUUCCCAACUUGUUUACUGUAGAGCAACUUGGUAGGCUGCUAUGAGAAGCAAUUACAGUGUGUGCAGUUCAGAACUGGUCAUGUAAUUCCAGGUGCUUCUUUUGUAACAGUUCUGUUACAGCAUUCUCACUUCAAGCAGGGACCAGCAUCACUGUUUUUUUACCAGAGCAAAUGUUUUUCAUUUUAUCUCUUUGUAAUACAAGAAAUGUCUUUUUCUAAAUGUGUCACCUAAACUUUGUUUCUUAACUCUUAUGUUUUAAAGAUUGUUGAAUUGUUCACUGAGUCAACUUAUUAAAUUUUGCAACCCUUCUAUGUA